UUGGCGCUCCUGGCCGCAGUGGGCGGACCCUGCUCGUGCGUACGCUCUCCAUCCUCGCUCCUCCGGGUUUCCGUGUGCUCUUUUCCACGAUGUUGGCGCUGCGCUGCGGCCCCCGCCUGCUGACCCUGGGCCUGGCCCCGCAGCGCGUCUCCGCGGCCCCGACGCUCGCCCGGCUGGGUGCCCGCAGCAGCACCAGCAGCUCCGACUCCGGGGCCGGCGGCGCCGCCAAGAACCCGCUCGUCUACCUGGAUGUGGGCGCCGACGAGCAGCCGCUCGGCCGGGUGGUGCUGGAGCUCAAAGCAGAUGUGGUACCAAAGACCGCAGAGAAUUUCAGAGCCCUCUGCACAGGUGAAAAGGGCUUCGGGUACAAGGGAUCAACCUUCCACAGAGUUAUUCCUUCCUUCAUGUGUCAGGCCGGUGACUUCACCAAUCACAACGGCACGGGUGGGAAAUCCAUCUACGGGAGCCGAUUUCCAGACGAGAACUUCAUCCUGAAGCAUGUUGGGCCUGGCAUCCUGUCCAUGGCAAAUGCAGGUCCCAACACCAAUGGAUCCCAGUUCUUCAUUUGCACAGCAAAGACAGACUGGUUGGAUGGAAAGCACGUUGUGUUUGGCCACGUCAAGGAAGGCAUGGAAGUGGUGAAGAAGAUUGAAUCCUAUGGUUCCAAGAGUGGGAAGACGUCUAAGAAGAUUGUUAUCACAGACUGUGGCCAGCUGAGCUAGCCCCAGCCGGGAAUGGCUUUGUUACCCGAGUGUGUUUGUUUUCUUCCUCUGCCCUCCCUGUUCUCCCCCUAUAAGAGACUGCUCUGAACACUUGUUUUGAGGGAGGGAUUCUCAGUUGAAUGCAUCGUGUUGAGGGAUAACUGAAUUUGUGGCAGCCACUGCUUUUUUUUUUUUUUUUCCACAUCACUGUUUUGUUCCUGUUUGUGCAAAGAUCCAUUUUGAGUAUCUGUGUUUAGCUCUCUUUUUCCCAUCCAACUCACCAGUGCUUCCUCUUAGGAGCUGAGCCUGACACGCCACACACACACCUCCUAAGAGCCUUCGGGGCCUCUCUUUCAUUUCUGGCCAGGCAGAGUUGAGCACAUCCAGUCUUGGUUUGGUAUGUGUAGUCACUGUUAGGGAAGUGGCCUGGACCACGUGGGGUCUCUGGGUUUCUAUCUUCCUUCACUGGUACAAAGAGAGGGUGUUGCCUGACUGGAGGAGAUGAUGAGUCAGAUUUCACUAGUAUUCUUGGCCAAAGGUGGUAAUUAUUUCUUCCCCUCAAAAUUGGAAGAUCUAAUUAAGCUGUUGCACUAAAUAGAAAUGUCUUCUCUUUUCAAGGGAGGAAGGAGGGUGGUGUGAUCAAAAGACCCUUGAUCUAGGAAUGUGAAAGCUGGGUUUUGUCAUUGUUGUGUGACAUCACUUCCUCUGUGGGCUGAGGUCUCCUCAUGUGCCACAUGCAGAUGGUAACCUCUUAAGGUCCCUUCCCCAUCUCUGACAUCCUUUCAUUUUGUUACGCUCUUGUAUUGAAGCUACCACUGGCACAGCUGACUGUGGUCAUCUUCUCCUCCCCCCAGGCCACGUGUGCCUCUCUGUAGAUUGAUCUUGGUCUCCCCGAUAUCCCUCUUCUGUUCUCUGACAUACAGGUCCCCCUGCAAUAUAUUAUACUCUUGGAUGUCACUUACUUGACUGACCUGGUGCGGUAGAGACUUGAUUCUUCCGAUACCCCAGCGAUUGUAGUCUCUCAUUUCAACACCGAAGGGGGUUCAAGCCCUCUUCCUGUUUUGGGAUUCCUUUGCUAUCCUGUGGCCUGACUGUGAUUUGUAGGGGCUCAAAGCAAGCCAUGAACUCGAGCCAGAUUCCCUUGGAUGUAGGAAACUGUGAAGUCACAAAGCACUUCUGGAGGUUUGCUCCCAAUGGUUGAAGUGGGUUGCUGUAAACGAGAUUAGAGAAUUAAACUGUGAGCAAUAGUUGUCCACUGUGAAUUUGUAUGUCUGUGUGGAAAGCCACCAAUAAUUGGAGACACGCCUUAUAAAAGGUUUACUGCUGGGGACUGGUGCUCCAUUGCUGCAAGAGGACACGGUUGACCUCUGUGUAUAGGAAAAUAACUUAGUUUCUAUUAAAAAAUGUGCUGAUCAUUUGAUGCUAACUUAGUUUAUAAAAUCUUUGUGUUUUUUUAAAAACAUGAUUGCAAAAAUAAAUCCUAUUUUAUUACAAAAGAAA